AUGCGUUUUUUUUUGGUCUUGACUACAUUUGUGCUGUUGCUGCUAUUUCAGUGCGUCAGGAGUUCUUUGGCAGUAACGGAGUACCAUCAUUGUAUCCAUGACAAGAUUUCUGGUUUCUAUGAAGACCCUAAGUCCCGUAAAGAAGUAUCUCAUGAGGUUAAGGUAAUUGAAACGGAGAGUGGGAAUCAGGAGUUGCCUCAGAGGUCAGCGCCAAACAAGGAGUGGAACCCCAUCCGCAUUGAGGUUUUUACCCAUGAUUUGGAAAAGCAAGGACGAUACUGUGCUAAAAAGGGUGAAGAAGUCAAGAUUGAUGUUUUUAAUAGCAAACAUACAUGCACUGAGGAGGAUGUUUUGACACCUGAAAAGAAGAAUAUUCUUGUUAAUACGAUCCUCAAGGAAGCAGUAAAACUACAUUCUGACCGUCUGCGUGUGGAACGGUUGAAAGGUCCACUUGUUGUGCCAAAGUUCGGUGUCGGUACUAAAUGUGCUACGUUUACGGUGCCCGAUAAACACCACACUGAUGGUGUACCAGAUGUAGACAUGGUGUUGUAUGUUUCUGCUCGCCCAUCAAAGUAUUCGGGCUCAUUUGCGUGGGCACUAACAUGCGCCACGUUGGGAAAUGAAACUGCGCGUGGCCGUUCUGUGGUUGGUGUGAUGAAUUAUGCACCAAAGUAUAUUUUGGCCACGGCCCAGCGAGUCCGCGUUGCUGCACACGAGAUUGCACAUGUCCUUGGUUUCAGUGUGAGUGAGAUGGACAGACUUAAAAUGAUAAAGGAUCUGGGUGAAGUUCGUGGGAGAGAAAAGCUCUAUGUUGUGUCGUCCCCAAAUACGUUAAGAGAGACGAGGUCGCAUUAUAAUUGUAACACUACUAAAGGUAUGUUAUUGGAGGAUCAGACCUUAUCAGUAACUAAGGUGAUUGAUGGUCAACGCGAUGCAUCUCACCCCCGACUACCACCAAAUUCUCUCAUUGCACCUCACUUAGGUGGACCAGGAUCACCGUUACAUGGAUCGUUAAUCUCUUCUUCACCACUACGUGAUUCACUUGAUGAUCCACUUCCUCGGUUAUUGCAACCACACGAAAAACCUCCAACAAUGGAGGGGGGUGAAACUCUACACACAACUCAACUCGGACAAUCCUUAAAUUCUAGAAGAGACACCACCAUACAAGAAAACACAAGAAAUACAGUUGAGCCAAAUGAUGCUGAUAUAAUGAACCAACUCAAAAAAGAAGGAAAAAUUAUCGGUGUGGAAAGGCACCACUAUGUGGAUAAUUUGUUUAAACAUCGAUCUCACUGGAAACGUCACAACGCGAAAGAUGAACUUAUGGCUGGUGUUGUUGGCGCUGGAUAUUACACUGCACUGACAAUGGCUUUCUUUGCGGAUAUGGGCUACUACAAGGUGGAAUGGAGCAAGGCAGAACCGAUGAGUUGGGGCAAUCAAUCCGGUUGUAAAUUACUGGAUGAUAAGUGUGUGAACAACGGCAAGACUGAAUACACCGAAAUGUUCUGUACCACUGAGCACACCGACAAAACAUUAUUACAGUGCACCUCUGACCGUCAUGCAUUGGGUACAUGCUUACUUCAAGAACUAAAACAUACACCUUAUUAUAGGGGUACUACUUCGCCGUAUCUAUAUUUCGAAAAAGGGCAUUGGGGUAGUCCAGAGGGUGAGCUUAUGGAUUACUGUCCCUUCAUCACAGCAAACAAUGACAACUGGUGUACAGAUGGAAUCGCAGAUAAGAUGCCUGGAAGUGUUAUUGCACCAAAUUCACGGUGUGUGAAGGGUGUGGGACUGAAGGUGAAUGAAAAGAACAUUGGCGAUGUGUGUGUGAACGUGUCGUGCAAGUACAAUGUGGUGAGUGUGAAGUACAAGGGGAACGAAAAGUGGCAUCUCUGUGCUGAGGGGACCAAACUGGAGGUGAACACAAAUGAACUGAAGGGCCAAAUUGUGUGUCCCAAAUACGCAGAUGUGUGCAACACCAUCAACGUGACACUCGAUGAGUUGGAGGGCCCACCGCCACCACCAGAACCGGGAAUACAGUCAAAUACACCGGGGGCAAAAUCUCCCACCGGUGCUGAGGGCCAAGGCACUGCAGUGGGUACUGGAACGACCACUACUAACACCGGUACUACGACCCCCACCAAUCAGAACCCUGGUACUCCCAACAGCAACGCUAACAGUGCCACAGCCACAGGCAAUACUGCUGCAAUCGACAACAAUGUUACUAUUCAAAUCUCCCACACAGAUGGUGUCGCUGCCCCCGCUGCUGCUCUCUUUGGCACGUUUGUGUGUCUCCUACUGAUCACCACGAUGGUGGCUGUGUCCUGA